AUGGAGUUGCGGAUACGACACAAUGAUGCGAGGGCUUUCCGAGGCGCUGUCGAGGAUCGAGUGAUCGUCUUGAGGCAUCUCUUGCAUUCGAAUUUAGAGAGAAUGAGAACUCAUUUCCUUUCUUCAUUGAGCACUUGCCAUACUCAUCUGGACACGAUGUUCAAUCGAACAUACGGUCGCUACUAUCAACAGAAUCGAGAGAUCUUCUCGAAAUUCUUUCGUCAACUGCAAUCUUUCUCUAGUCCCCAUUCGGUGAUGCCUGUUGAAUUGAUGGUUGACAAUCUCUUUGAAGAGCUUUAUAUCACAUUAUAUCAAUUGUUGAAUCCAUUGAAAAAAGUGACUCCAGAAGUGCAACGGUGUAUGAAAGAAACGAUGGAAGAGAUGCGCCCAUUUGCGGAGGUGCCGAAUCGACUGCAAGAUGGUUUACGCCGCGGUUUAGAGGGAUGGCGAGCUCUUUUAGCGCAUCUCGACGAAGCACACUCGAUUUUGGGUGUAUUCCUUAAUACAACUCUCCCCGAUCAGUGCCAAACGGGAUUAGCGCGAAUGGGUGAUUGCUCGCUGUGCUCACAGAGUGAACCGACGAAGCCUUGCCUCAAUAUGUGCCUCAAUGUGGCUAAGGGUUGCCUGGCCGAAUGGGCCGAAGUCGACCAACAAUGGGAUCAACUUGUCGGUAGCCUCUCGCGUUUGAUCUCGUCGCUCGGCGGUCCACACAGUCUCCAAUCGGCUUUCAAUCCAUUGCCCGUGCAAAUAUCCGAAGCGAUUAUGACAUUUCAAGAUAAAGGAGCCACGCUUACGAAUAAGGUACUUGCCACGUGUUUCACUUUGGACGAAGUCGACACAAAUGAGAAUCAAAAACGAAAUUUCUAUCGAGGAAAACGAGAAGUGAAUGGAAAUGUGAAGAAUGGAAUGGAAAUGAGAAGAGUGAAUGGAAAUCCUUUGGAAAGAUCAAAAAGAGCCGUUUGGUUACGACAUGUACAAGAACAAGCUGAUGGAAGUUGGAGAAUGUUACAACAAAUCAUCAAUGCUUUCAAGGAAAAGCUCACUUUAACGCGUGGUUUCUUCAAAAAACUUCCGAAUGAUUUAUGCGAUGAACCACAAUUCUCAUCAAGUAUCAAUGAGAAAUGUUGGACCGGGAAACACAUUGGAAAUUAUAAUCACGAAGUGGUGAAAGAUGGCACAACUGCACAGAGAAAUAAUCCCGAAUUCCUGGGAAAAGCCUCGUUUGAGUAUAGAGGUCUUUUCAUCGACGAGCGACUCCGGCUAGGAAUGCUGGCGGCAAGAGUGAGAACAAUUGCUGAACAAAUUGCGGGGAAAAAUUUCGACAACGAUUUGCCAGAGUUAGAUGAAAAGAGAAUCGAUGAUGAGGAUGAGAGUGAUGAGGGAGAGCUCGAAGAGGCGUCCGGGGAUGGAGAGGAUGAUCACCAACCUCGAUCCCACAAAAACAAAGACCGCACGAGGAUACAAAAUAUAGAAACAAACGCUUUGGAACAUACUUCAGCCAGCGGAUAUUCUCGAUUUUCUAUUUUCUAUAUUUUAUUAGCACUCUACUUCAUUCGGCAAUUGUUAUCCUGC